AGAGAUCGUGCAUAUUUGACAAACUGAAAGCGUCAAAAGAGCUCACCUCGUGUUCCUGCUGCACAAGAGCGUCUGUACUUCUGCUGGUGAUGGUCAGCGGCUGAUUGUUUCCUCAAAGCUCUGUUAAGGUCUGCAUUGGUGUUUUAGCUGCAGUAUGGCAGAGGAGCGAGUAAAGGACUCUCUCUCAGAGAAACACAGUGUGAGAUCAGGAUCAUGUGUGUCCAGCUCUGUGUCUCUGAAGAGUGACCGGUCUAAAGGUGGUGUUCCACCAAACUUCAGAGAGAAAACACCAUCAUCUGCUCAAAGUGUGAGAUCAGCAUCAUGUGUGUCCAGCUCUGUGUCUCUCAAGAGUGACCAGUCUAAAGGUGAUCCACCAGACCUCAGAGAGAAAACACCAUCAUCUGCUCAAAGUGUUGAAUAUGAGUUAGCAGAUUCAGGAGACGAGACUCACAGGAGACACAAGAGCUUCACAGAUAAUCUCCAGUCAAUCUUCCAGAAUCUUGAGAGUAAAAUGAUCAGAUUUCUGAAGAAUGAACUGGAGAAAUUUAAGAAAAUCUUACAAGCAGAAAACAGACAAGAGUUUGUAAAGGACUUUAAUAAUAACAGAAGCAGAAUCACAGAAGCAGCUCUUGAUCUCACACUCUUCUUCCUGAGAGAGAUGAAGCAAGAUCAAGCUGCUGAUACUCUUGAGGAUGAGCUGCUCUUUAUUUAUAAGCUUAAAUGUAGCCUGAAGAAGAAAUAUCAAAGUGUGUUUGAAGGAAUUGCUCAGCAAGGAGACUCCACACUUCUGAAUAACAUCUACACAGAUCUCUAUAUCACUCAGGGUGCGAGUGAACAGGUCAACACUGAACAUGAGAUCAGACAGAUUGAAGCUGCUUCCAGACGUCAUCAGUCACUAGAGAUACAGGUUGAAUGCAAACAUUUGUUUGAAGCACCUGAACAAGACGAGCAGAUCAGAACUGUCCUGACAAAAGGAGUUGCUGGCAUCGGGAAAUCAGUCUCUGUGCAAAAGUUUGUUCUGGAUUGGACUGAAGGGAAAGAAAAUCAAGACAUCAGCUUCAUAUUUCCUCUUCCAUUCAGAGAGAUGAACUUAAAGGAGAAAGAAAGACAAAGUUUAAAAGACCUCAUAACUCAGUUUUUCCCAGAGACUAAAGGACUGAACCUUACAAGAAGCACACGAUUCAAAGUCCUGUUCAUCCUUGAUGGAUUGGAUGAAUGUCGUCUUCCUCUGAACUUUGCUGGUAAUGAGACGUGUCGUGAUGUAUCUUCAGCAGUCUCUCUGGAUGUUCUCCUGACGAACCUCAUCAAGGGAAAUUUGCUUCCUUCUGCUCUCAUCUGGAUCACCAGCAGACCAGCAGCUGCCAGUAAGAUUCCUGCUGACUGUAUUGACCGGCUGACAGAGAUACGAGGAUUCAAUGAUGCCCAAAAGGAGGAGUACUUCAGAAAGAGACUCACAGAUCAGAAUCAGGCCAGAGAAAUCAUUGAUCACAUUAAACAGUCAAAGAGUCUCUUUAUUAUGUGCCACAUCCCAGUCUUCUGCUGGAUUUCAGCCACUGUUCUCCGGAACAUUUUGAAGGAGAACAGAAAUACUGAACUGAAACACAGGGCUAAUGCUGAAACACUGCAGGAAUCUCCCAAGACUCUGACACAGAUGUACACACACUUUCUCCGCUUUCAGAUCCAGCAGAGCAGAAGAAAGUAUAAUGGAGAAAACACACCAGAUGUCUCCUGGGAUCCAAACCUCAUCCUUUCACUGGGUAAACUGGCCUUCCAGCAGCUGGAAAGAAACAAUGUGAUCUUCUAUGAGAGCGAUCUGAAAGACUGUGGCAUUGACGUCUAUAAGGCAUCUGUGUACUCAGGCAUGUGUACCCAGAUCUUCAAGGAGGAGACGGGAAUCAUUCUUGGUACCAUGUACUGCUUUCUUCACUUGAGCAUUCAAGAGUUCAUUGCAGCGCUUUAUCAACAUCUGUUUCGAGACAGCGACAAGAAACAAGCAGAAAAAAGCAGAAAUAAGGCUAUGAGGAAUCUGCUGAAGACUGCUGUGGACAAGGCUCUGAAAAGUGAGAAUGGACAUCUGGACCUUUACCUUCGCUUCCUUCUCGGUCUGUCAUUCCAGUCCAAUCGACAACUCUUACGAGGCCUGUUGACACAGCAGGAUGACAGAGACCAGAGCAAAGAGGAAAUAAUUGCAUACAUCAAGCAGAAACUUGAAGGGAAUCUGUCUCCAGAGAGAUCCAUCAAUCUGUUCUACUGUCUGAAUGAACUGAACGACCAAACUCUGCUGAAAGAGAUUCAGUCUCACCUCAGUAGAGGAAGUCUGUCAUCUGCUGACCUUUCACCUGCCCAGUGGUCUGCUCUGGUCUUUGUGUUGUUGACCUCAGAGGAGGAGCUGGAGGAGUUUGAGCUUCAGAAAUUCCAGAAAUCAGACGAGUGUCUCAUCAGACUAUCAGCAGUCAUCAAAUCCUCCAAAAGAGCUCAGCUACAGGGCUGUAAUCUCACUGUUCAGUCCUGUGAGAGUUUGUCUUCAGCUCUACAAUCCUCAAACUGUGUCCUGAGAGAGCUGGACCUGAGUAACAAUGACCUGCAGUAUUCAGGAGUGAAGCUUCUCUCUGAUGGACUGAAGAGUCAACACUGUAAACUGGAGACACUGAGAUUGUCUGCCUGUAUGGUGACAGAGGAAGGCUGUGGUUUUCUGUCUUCAGCUCUGACUUCAAACCCCUCACACCUAAGAGAGCUGGAUCUGAGCUACAAUCAUCCAGGAGAUUCAGGAGUCAAGCUGCUCUCUGAACAACUGGAGGAUCCAAACUACACACUGGACAAACUCAAGUAUGUGGAGCAUCACUGGCCUUGUGCUUUUCCACUGAAUGGCUUUAAAAAGACACUAGAAAGCUCUUUUCUGAUCUUCAGUUUUCUGUGAGGGUUAUGGGGUGAGGACAGACAGAAGAUACAGCUUGUAGAGUAUUCCAGUCAUGUCUAUGAAGAGCAAAUCAUUGAGUGUGAAAUGAAUCUCCUCUGUAAAUGUUGGAGUGUAUUGGCUCAGUUGUGUCAUUAAGCGGGACACACUGUACAGUUUCAGCAUUUGAGCUGAGCAGAGAAACUUCUUCCUCCAUUUGUGCUGAAGAAUCCUCCAAUAUCAGGUCAGGAAUAGGGUUGGGGAUUGAAGAUGGAUUCAGAUUCUGGAAUCAGACACUUGGAUUAAUGUUCAGACUCUUGUUCUAAAAUCAACAUCUGGAUUCCUCUUCUCUGUGCACACAUGUGUAUUUUUCACUUGCUAAUCUGUCAGGAACUUGGGCGCUGGCGAGCAGCUUUAAUAAUCUGAACAUAGUUUAGAGAUGGACUGCAACAUGUGCUCAAAGGCUGCAUGUGCUGAAGAACGAUGGCAAAGCUAAGUGUGAUCACUGUAAUAAAUGAAUGUUGCAGCAGGGUGUCUCCAUCAACAUGAGCAGUAUCUGCGCUCGCUUCACCAACAGCAGAGGAAAAGAACGCACUGUGUUACAUUCAUUGUGCAUCCCGGCUGGAACCAACAAGUGUUGUGUGUUUUAGCUGAAGAGUUUGGAGCGUGUAGCUGAGCAGCUCAGUGCUAGCUUUAGCUUAUUAGCUGAGGGGGAAACUAAACAGCUCAUUCUCUCCAUCUGUGUGUGUUUACAGUCUGGAUCAUGGAGGAGACGCGAGGAUUACAGCAGGACUGCACAAAUGUAGGACUACACACACACACACACACACACACACACACAC